UAUAUUUACAUUGCUUAUCUUCAUUUUUGUGUUCAAAAAAAAAAAAAAAAAUCUUCAUUUUAUUUUUCUCUCAAUCAUGUCAAAAGGUAACUUUCGUUUCCAAAUGCGACAUUCUAACUUUAUGUAUCUAUAUAUAUAUGUGUAUGUAAAGACACAAACACAUAUAACAACCCCCUCUCAACCUCACUUCCCCAACAAGUUUUCUACAUCCACAAAAAAAAAACUUCCACAGCAAACAAGAACAUACUUCAGAUAUGGAUCUUGAUUUAAUACAAGAUCUGUCCAAAUUCAACUUCCCAGCAACCAUCAAGAUCCAAUCCAAAACCACAAGAAACAUUAACGAAGGCGGUGAAGAAGAUGGCUUUAGUUGCAGCACACCCACAUCUCAAGAACACAAGAUUCCUCCCGUCCUAGAUUCUCCACCUCCCCCGCCACGAAAACCUCGUCCACAGCCGUCAAAACCAUCUGCUACGGCGGCUUUGAUGAUCAGAUCGUGUAAGAGGAAGCUCUUAGUGUCGACUUGUGAGGUUAUCAUGAAUAGGGAAGAGAUAGACCGUUUCUUCACCUCCGUUUAUAGUGACACGUCGACCACAGCGAAACGAAGGAGAAGUUAUCCUUCUUGUGUCCGAAGAUGAGCCUUAGUUCAAGAAUUUACAUUUUUACAGUUUUACUGGAAAUAUUGUGAACUCAUAUAUAAAUUAAAAGAUUAUUAUAAGUUUCUUAUUUAUUUUAUAUUUAUAAAAUGGACGGAUAAUUUUCUGCAACCGCAUAUUAAUUUUCUCUAUUAAUUUCGCAUGGAGGUGUCGUUGUUGUAAAUUCCGUAUAAAUGAAAUUUAAUUCCAAUU